AAACAAAAAAAAAACCCGACGAAGAAGAAGUGGUCGCACUUCCUGUUGUUAGCUUAGCCGCGCUAACCUCAAAUUUCCGUAACUUUUAUUAUAAUUUCUCGCCUGUUACGGUCCUUUGUAACACGUUUUCCGGCCGUGCAACGUGUUUUUCUGUCACACCGGUAACUCAAGUCUCUUCUGCGAUGGGAUUUCUAACGUUAGCUGUAGGGGUUCUAGUAAAUGUGAGCGAUCUCUCGGCUAAAUAAGUCAGCUCUGUUUUCCAGGAGACUUUGAGGAUUUUGCUGCUAUGUAGAGCUGCAGACUGUCCGUCCUGUCCUCGGUGUUUACGUCCCUGUCGUCGUUUCAAUGGGGAAAAGGAAAGACAUGAUUCACACCAGGUUUCUCGGUGAAGGCAGCUCCAGCCUGCACAGCGUUCACAAGCGAAAACACAAAAAGCACAAGAAGCACAAGAGGAAGCACCACAGCUUCCCCGAGGCCCCGGAGCCCGAGCCUGUCAUGAUUCCUCGACCUCCUCCGCAGCUCCGACUCAAGAUCAAACUGGGAGGACAGACGCUGGGGACCAAGAGCGUUCCCACCUUCACCGUGCAUCCCGGCGUGGCUCGUCCUCCCUCUCCUUUGAUGAUCAUUCAUAAUAAUGAUGUUGAUGAUGACGACGACGACGACGAAGACGAUGAUGAUGAGACGAUGUGCCCUCUGGUGCCUCUGGGAGCGUAUCGGCGCGCUGGGUAAUACGAAGACAGCAACCUGGCCGCGUCCCCUAUGCCAGACAUGGACUCAGACUCCAUGCUGGGCGCGCCUGUGGACGAGGAGGAGAGGUGGCUGGACGCUCUGGAGAAGGGAGAGCUUGACGACAACGGGGAGCUAAAGAAGGAGGUUGACGAGUCUCUGCUCACAGCCAGACAGAAAGCUCUGCUACACAAGCAGCAGAGCCAGCCUCUCCUGGAGCUCCCCAUGGGUUACAAGGAGAAAGAGAUGACCGCAGAGAUGAUGCAGAAGCGGGAGGAACGAGCCCGAAAGAGGCGCCUGCAGGCCGCCAAGAAGGCGGAAGAGAACAAGAACCAGACGAUAGAGAGACUGACAAAAACCAGCAAGGCCAAGAUCAAAAGCAUGAAAGAGAGGAAGUCCAAGCAGAGUCAGUGUCCCAUGAUCCGGUACAGCGACUCCGUCCAGGGCUUGGCCAUCUCCUUCCCAACAGGGGUCACCGCUCCGGCACCGACGCCUCCUCUGCCUCCGCCCGCAGCCCCGGCGAACUGCGGGGUCAGCGGCUGCACCAACGUCAAGAAGUACUCGUGCUCAAAGACCGGGGUCCCUCUCUGCAGCCUCGAGUGUUACAAGAGGAACCUGCUGCUCGUUCAGAGCGCAGCUUGAACGUUACAAGGGUCGAAUACAUUUCAAAUGGUCGCAGUCGUAGUUCUGUUUCAACUGCAUUGGGAUGUGAGGACGCCGUGUACAGUCCAAGUGGUCAUAUGAACUAAACUAAAGUCUCUUCAGGACUCAGAAUCAGAAAGAACAAUGUGGAUUCACUUUUUAUCUGCGUUUUUUUUUUUUGUCUACUACAUGAAUAUGACAUUAAUAAUGAUAAUGGUUUUCCCUGUAGUGAUGCUGGUUACACAAUUCAAUUAUGUAUAUUGUAAAAUAUUAAGAUAUAAAAAGUUUGUGUACCAGUCAGUCAAACGUUACACAAUAUUUAAGAUUUCCCUUUGUGGAGCUGAAAUAUUAAAACAUUAAUAUUUUUGUAUAAGUUUGAAGAGAGGGUAGCAUUUGUUCCACUAGAACUUAAUUUUGUCAAUAAUGUAAAAAAAAAAAAAACUGUUUAAAAACUGACAAAGGUCGUCAACGACAAGCAAAUUCCC